AAUCACUAGAAAAAAAAAACACCAGUAUCCCCAUACUUUUCACUUCUAUAGCUCUAGCAUGGCGUCCCAGAUUCACUUUCUAGACAUCAAGGGGAAGUCCUUACUUUCCCGUGACUACAAGGGAGACAUCCCAUCCGGAACCAUUGACAAAUUCCCGUUACUUCUUUUAGAAAAUGAAGAUAAUGACGAAGCCAACUACAAGCCAUUCAUAUAUUCCCAAGGAAUCAAUUACAUAUAUAUAGCCCACAACAACCUCUACCUCUGUGCAUUGACACGCAAGAACGAAAAUGUCAUGGCCAUCAUUAUUUUCUUGUCCAAGUUGAUCGAAGUGUUGACUCAAUAUUUCAAAUCUUUAGAAGAAGAAUCAAUUCGUGAUAAUUUUGUUAUUAUUUAUGAACUUUUAGAUGAAAUGAUGGAUUAUGGAUGUCCACAGACCACCGAUACCAAGAUUUUGAAACAAUAUAUCACCCAGGAUUACUACAAGUUGAUUAGAUCAUCAUCUCUGAGACAAAUCCAACCUCCAAAUGCAGUGACCAAUGCUGUUUCAUGGAGAAAUGAUGGAAUCACCUACAAAAAGAAUGAGGCAUUCCUUGAUGUGAUUGAAUCUAUCAACAUGCUCAUCAAUGCCAACGGACAGGUUCUUAACAGUGAAAUCUUGGGUGCUAUUAAGAUCAAAUCACAUUUGUCAGGAAUGCCAGAUUUACGAUUAGGAUUGAAUGAUAAAAACAUUUUCAAUAUUAAUAGUAAUAGCGAUGUUGACGCUGCUCCAGCCAACUCCAAGGGUAUAGAGAUGGAAGACAUCAAGUUCCAUCAAUGUGUGAGGUUAUCCAAGUUUGAAAACGAACGUAUUAUUACUUUUAUCCCCCCAGAUGGAGAGUUUACUUUGAUGUCAUAUAGAUUAUCAUCUACUCAAUUUUUGGUUAAACCAUUGAUUUUGGUUAAUUGUAAAACCAAGAUCCAUAAACAUUCAAGAAUAGAGAUCUUGUGUUCUGUUAAGGCUCAAAUUAAAAAGAAAUCCACUGCCAAUAAUGUUGAAGUUGUGAUUCCAAUUCCAGAAGAUGCCGAUACUCCUAAAUUCACUCCUGAGUACGGAACUGUGAAAUGGUAUCCAGAAAGAUCUGAAGUGGUAUGGAAGUUGAAGACGUUCCCUGGUGGGAAGCAAUUCCAUAUGAAGGCUGAGCUAGGCUUGCCUGCAGUGAAUGAUCCUGAAGAAUUAUUAUCAAAGAAACCAAUCAAGGUGAAUUUCAACAUUCCUUAUUUCACCACCAGUGGUAUCCAGGUUAGAUACUUGCGUAUUAAUGAACCAAAGUUACAAUAUCAAUCUUAUCCAUGGGUCAGAUACAUUACUCAAUCUGGUGAGGAUUACACAGUUAGAACAAAGUAA